AGUCACUAGAGCUGUUUAACUACGACAACAUUACGCGUACGACUAUCAAAUAUUGUAACCUUUGCUAUCAUUAAGCUUGGCCCUUCAUAUAUCUUGCCAGCUCGGCGGCAUUAUCAUAUAGGACCGAGUGAGAUUGAGCAUGCUUUCACCUUCGUCGCAAUUAUUCCCAAUCAGCAGCUUUCAGCUAGGAUUCACGACCCUUUCGCCCUCUCCUGCAUCAAUUGGCGAGCUCGAUGUCAUCCUAGUCCCGCUCGCAGAUUCUCCUCUUGGGAUACACAAAAUCAUGCGCUCGUUGACUCACGAGGUGGUAUGCCCGCCGCCCUCUCUGCAUCCAUCCUCGGACGACCCUCAGCUUACUUGGGAGGCCAGAUAUCCCAAGGGUUCCUGUAGUCCAAAAACAGAAAUCCCUGGUGGAUUUGGAUUUUAUCUUCGUGGACCCAAAGAAAUUGUAUCUUUGUUGGAUGAAGGCGCAAAAGAAGUAGUUUUUGGAUAUCGGAUGAUGUUUGAGAAGGGUUGGGAGUGGGUCAAAGGAGGGAAGUUGCCAGGAAUGUAUGGCGGUAUCGGCGACACUGCUUAUGGAUGCACCGGCGGACGGCAGAACGACCGUUGCAAGUCCUUUAAUGUUCGUCUCAUGUGGAGGCGUGAUGGUAAAGGAGAAAUUUACGCCUAUCUACCUAUAAACGAGACGAAUACAAAUGCACUUCUUGCGGUUCCGCCCUACUCCAAAGCCAAUCCUGAUUAUGGGUUUUCAGUCGGAAUCGGCGCAUGGACAUUUGUGUCAGGUAUCUGGACAACUAUCGCUCAACGUGUUAAACUUAACGAUGUAGGCAAAGCUGAUGGAGAACUCCAGCUCUGGAUUAACGGCGAAUGCGUGAUCCACACAAAGGGUUUGAUUUUCCGAGAGGACGAGGCAUCCCAUAUCAAGGGGAUGCAUUUUCAGACGUUUUUUGGAGGACAUGAGUCUGAUUGGGCAUCACCAAAAGAUCAACGUGCUUGGUUUUCCGACGUCUCUGGAGCCAUCAUCCGGUAAUAGUCACCAUAUGUUCUCUGAACGAGUUUCGAGUUGUUUUGUAUUCGUUCAUACUACGUGUAUCUCUACGAUACAUCUCCAGUGAGGCAUUUAGGCAUAUAUCGACUCAGCCCCCUUUUGAUUUUCUGUCGUUUGAAAUGCCACAUUACGCAUGCAGUAUUUAUAUGAUGCUACUACCCGAAUAUGUACGAGGUGGGGGUUUGAGCGCACACGCGAGAUCAAUGGCCGCUGUAGUCCCGGCUAUCCCAAUUGAGUUGAUUUCAAACUUGAAGUCUUGGCUCAUGUUGGGUCUCUACCGGGCUGGCCGCUGUUCCCUAGCUCCGCACUUUCAAGCCUAAUCUGUCACUCAAGAAACUACAAAGGGAGCCAUUCGUCAAAUGACUAAUUAGUGCGCGUCGUGUCUACUACUCUCCCUCUCUCUGCGCGU